CAAAUGUAAACUGAUUCAUUCAAACAAAAUUCAAUAACGUAAUACUUUUACACAAAUACAGUCAAAAUGUUUAAUCAAGAUGUCUGCCUGGGCCAUUCGUGUGACUUGGAUAAAAUUAGGGCAGUUAAUGAUAAACUAAAUGCUGAAGUUGUAGAACAGAUUAAUGGUUCACAAGAGUUGGUAAUGUUGACGAACUUCGCUCGGGAAUCUAACGAAUAUGUUUACAAGAAGUGCUUGCAAGAAAGAAUAUCAGAUAUUAACUCUUGGCGGUGGGUAUUAGAAGAUCUGUGCAAAAGGUUAGAAGAAGCUCUUGUAGCCUUAAGGCAUGAAGAGAAGGCUUUGCGAGUUGUUGUAGAAAGAAUCCAGGAUGAAAUUGAAAAUUAUUCGAAACAGGGAUCUCGCCCUGGUGUCAUUAAUCCUUUGAACGAUGCUGUCGAGGAAUCCAUUAAACAAGAAUUUAUGUUUCUUCGCAACCAAAAGAGAAGGUUUGUAAAUUUAGCCCUUGAACUCGAUACGCAGAUAACUCUAUUAGAAAAAACCAAGAACAGAAUAGAACGUGAUAUUUUAAGUAAAGAAGAAGCUGUAAAUGUGGAUGUAUAUUGUGCUGACAAGGAUUACAGUGAUGCAGUCGUUGAAAACUGGAAGAAGAAAAGAAAGCAGGGUUUGCCGAUGAAAAAAUGGGAGAAAAGAUGUGAAACAUUGAAGAAAGCGGGCCUACGAGCGCUGCGUAGCAGCAUCGUUACUCGUCAACAGGUACGAGGUGCAAGGGCUCAUUUAUCUUUUGAAGCUCAGGCAAUGGCAAUCAGGGUUGACACUCUGUUGAGACGAAGACUUCACACAAAUAUAUUGAAAUUGGAUGAUUUGAAAUGGCAAAGAGAGGAGGCCCUGCGUGAUCGAAGAGCAUUGGAAGAGGAAAAGCUUUCAGCAGAAAAGAACUUGUUGAAUGUCUUGGACCAGCAAAGAAUCGUGGCAGCUAGAAUUGUCGAUCGCACAAACAGACCAGGAAUAGAACUCAUAAAGGACGACGUAGAUAGGAAAUUAAGAGGCGAACUUGUUCAAAUACGUCAAUUUGAAAAGGAACAUCAGGUUAAUUUGAAGCGGAUUGAAUCGCUUGAAAAUGCCAUCGCUGACGCAAUUGUAAAGAUAGAUUGUAGCAUCGUAGAUCUGACGUACGUUAUAAAUCUGGACAAAGAAAGGAUACGAGUCAGAAGUGGGGGAGAACCGAGAGUUGAUCCGAAAGGCCAAGAUCGUGCAGAAUCUGCCAGUGCCUCUUUUCCUACUGAGCUUACUGUUAUAAGAGAAGAGGAGGAGGAAGACGAUUAUCCAUUUGAUUAUUAGAGAUGUAUUUAUAUAGUAUUUUAUUUUUGUUGAAAUAAAUAUUGUAAUCAAGCUCGAA